AUGCAGCAAUGGAGUACUAAUAUGUUUUCUAUUCUCGUUCUAUUAUUUUUCAAAUCUACGACUGCAGAUAGAGAUUGUCUAUAUUCUUUCGGUAAGACCUGUUCACUUGGAACAUCGGUUUGGUGUUGUCCUUUCAUAAAAGAUGAAUCAAUUGUGGCAUGUGGAAAGGAGAUCGAUCCAUCUCCACUUCCAAUCGGUCUACGAAUACUUCUUGGUGUCAUUGGUGGUACGUGUGGAUUUGUCGCGAUAUUAUGCCAAAUUCUUAUCAUAAUCCACAACUGUGGUUGCUGCACUUCUAAAAUUUCUGAAGAUAAUCAGCAGAAAAGACUCAACCUAAAUGAUUUUACACAAGAUAAUAAGGAAUUGUCAGUAUCAACAAUUUCUGUUCUAUUCGACGCACUACCACCUUCAUACGAUAUUUCUAUUGAUAAAGAUCUUCACGAAGUUUCGCCACCAUCGUAUGAUAUUGUAACGACUGGUUUUAAGCUUGAUGCACAACCAUCUCUUAAAACAAUAUCGAUCGAGGACGUGAUUUUACAUGUCUAA